AUGAAUUCCCAUCGUGGAUCACGCAAACACACACGUGAGACGUCUACUAAGCGUACAAUCAAUAAUGCUUCACCACAAGCUCCUGAUGGCACUAAAGUGGCUAUGGAAAGGGCAGUGCCAAUGCCUCAUCAAGUGUACAAUAUGGAUGCAGAUGAAGCCGAGCGUUUACAGAGGCGUGCCUCAAAUAUGAAAACGGUCAAACUUUUGACAACUCAGACUGAGCAUACGUUCGAAGGAAAUACAUACAAAGAAGACAAUACCCAUACGCCGCACUAUUGUUACAUGAAAUUAAUUGGUUCUGUUCAGCACACUACUGACUGCCCUGAUGCUGAAAAGAUUGAUUCAGAAAAGUGUGAGUUACUUUUGGCAGAUAACCUUACUCUAUAUGUUGAAGCAUUUGAACUGGUGAACAAUCGCAAGAAAUAUUUAGUAUUUGAAGACAAUUUCCAAAGUUCCAUAACUCAAUUAGUCCACGAUAGAGGAUUCGAGCGUCUCCGUGAAAUUUGUGCCCGUUUCGAGACCGCGACCGGUAUGGAACAACACAACGCCAAAAGUAAUGACACCUAUGAAUAUUUCAAGAGGAAAGGGAUGAAUCGAGAAAAUGCCCUAGCAUGUGCGUUCGUUCUCUCGUUUUAUACCGGGUCGCACGUUUAUCAAACGGUCAAUCGUAGUGCAUCUCUCAUUGCUCGGCAUGGCAAUGGGGAAGCAACAACACUUGUUAAUACGGAUAAGUUUAAAGAAGCAGGUAUUAUCAUGUAUUAUCUUAUCAAAGCCUUGGCACAUAUCGAGUUCUAUUGGGGCAUUGCUUCGCGUGCAGUUACGCUUGAUGCUACAGAGUUAGACGAUUACAAGCCUGGCAAUCUAGUGAGUUGGAUUCAGUUUAGCAGUUCAAAAAAAGGCGAGCAACCGCCGGAAAAUUUCUCUAGUCGCAACACCAUCUUUAUUAUCUACUCUCUCACAGGUCGUUGUAUCGAGUAUUUUUCUAAUUUUCCACAAGAAGAAGAAGUACUCUUUCCACCUCACUCCACUUUUCUCGUAACUCGCAUCGUCAAAGUAUCAUCUAGGCAGACUAAAAUAUAUAUGCGCCAAAUUGAACUGGGCCUGUGCAAACAUUCAGUGAUGUGGGUGGAUGAUUAUAUUUUUUAUGACUGGUGGGAAAAUAAGGAUUACAUGGAGAAAGCUGGCACGAUAGGCAUGGAUAAAAAUGUUCACUUCAUCCCGAAGGCUAGUACUGAAUCCGCACUGGUUUUUCUUCGUUGUAAGUUUGGGGAGCGGUUGAAAAAUGAGCCUACAUUUCGCAUUGUUACGGACAUGACACGUGAUAAGGAGAUUCAGCCAGACAAUGCUGGCGCUCGCCUAUUAGCUGCCGUACGUGACUUGGGUUUCAACAAUUAUUGUCUGGUGUUCACUAUGAAUGAACAAAAGGCUUGGGAAAAAAUUAAUUCCCUUAUUCCUGCUUCCAAACGUCACAAAAUUACUGUAACGAAGGAUGUAAAAAUCUUGGAAAAAUUCAUCAAUUUUGAUUUUUAA